AUGGGUCUCCUGGAGUUGGUGGCCUCAAACAUUGUUUCGCGAAUCGUCCGGCUGCUGAGUGACUUUGUGCUGCUAGGGAUCUUCAAGUUCUUCAAGAAGAGAUUUUUUCAAAUGGCGUUCCUGAGGAUUGUGGCGUUGCUGCUGUGGUUGCUGGUCGGUGCGGGUGCAGAUUGUGGUCCAGACGACGGGAUCUUCAAGUGUCAAGACGUCUGCGGAGAGGAGGUGCAGGACGCUGGCGGCUACGGACGUCGAGUGACGUUUGUCGGGUCGAUGCUGUUUUUGGACUGCGUUCGUCAAGCGGAUCUCAAGGAGGUGAAGCUGGUGUUGCCAACAGUCUGCGUCGGGCGUCGAGUCGACAUGGAUUGUGUCGUGACACCUUGGAGGUGGUGCAAGGAGGUCGUGCCACCCGAGCCGGAAGUUUCGACGGCGGCAGUUCCACCGGUGGUUGAUGAUCCUCGCCCGGUGGCGCCAACGGCCAACCUGGCGGUCGUCCACGUACCGGCGAGCAAAACGCCGUUUGUGGUCCGGGCGCCGCCCUUGAUGCAGCAAAGCGUCGUAGUGGCGCAAGAGGUGCCACACAUCAUCAAGGCGCCGUCGUCGACGCCAGAAGUGACGGUCAACAUCAAGCAUGGUGUUGCGCACGUCGAGGCGGACGUGGACCCUUGGACGGCCAUGGUGCUGGUUUUUAUGGGCCUUGGUGGGGCUGGGGCCACAUCUUUGGCAGUUUUCUUGGUUUGGCUUGUCAAGUUCAUCAGGAACAAGUCAUCGUACAUGAGAGAACUGGUGCAGAUGCUGACGCCGGAGGAUCAGCAAGAUCCGGAAGCCCAACCAGUGGAAGAUCUGCUGGGGCUGGAAGAGGCGGAUAAAACCGUCGCAGAAAAGAAGGAGGAAGAGCUGGUCCUUGAGGACAGUAAUCCGUUUAAGGAAAUGUUAAACGCGUAAAAGUUUUAAAGACGCGUCAAAGAGAGUGCCAUUUUUUCGUACCCGCGUUUUUAUAUGGGUCAAGGCAAUAAGAGAAGAUGUAAAAAGAA